UGUAGGCUGUAGCUCCCCCAAAUCUCAUCCACCGGCCGGCCCUAAUGGCGCUCCCAGAUGAACUCCUUGAGGAGAUCUUCCUACGCCUCGCCGCGGCCGCCGACCUCGCGCGCGCCUCCACGGCCUGCGUCUCCUUCCGCCGCGUCAUCACCGCCCACCCCUUCCUCCGCCGGUUCCGCGCCCUCCACCCGCCGCCCCUCCUCGGCAUCCUCUGCGGCGGCCUCAUCCCCGCGCAGCCGCCCCACCCUUCCGCCGCAGCGGCAGCCGCCUUUGCCGACGCCGACUUGUCGUGCUCCUUUCUCCCCCCACCCCUUUUCUCCCGCGCCCUCGAGGGGACCGGCGGCGACUACAACCCUAGCCACCUGGUCACGGAGUUCGCCGUCUGCGACCCCCUGCACCGUCGUUACCUCCUGCUGCCGGCCCUCCCCGACCUUCUGGUCGGUCAGGUCCAUAGGCCGGACAUCGUGGAGUGCGAGCCCUUCCUCGCUCCUCCUGGCCCUGACGACGUUGGGGCUGACUGGUCGUCAUUCAGAGUCAUGUACUUGGUGCGGUGCACAACCAAGCUCUUCCUCUUCGUCUUCUCUACCUGCGCCGGACAAUGGCUCGCUAAUCCUGUUACAAUUGACGUGUUUCGAUGUGGGGCGGUGCUGCACCGCUUCUGCGCCCAUGGCUGCUUCUGUUGGGAGGUUUUCCGGUCUAACAAGUUGCUCGUGCUCGAUGCGCGCAGGAUAGAGUUCUCCACUGUUGACCUCCCGCCUCCACCUGGCCCUGAUGUGCGAAAGAUGGCCAUUGUAGAGGCAGGAGGAGGAAGGCUUGGGAUGCUUACUAUCUCUGAGCAUCCUGAACCUGGUGCAGAUCAUCUCCUUUAUGCCGUACAGUCUAAGGAUGCGAAUGGCACAAACCAGUGGCAGUCCAAGUCAGUAAUUUCUUUGCCGGAAAAUUAUCGCUAUGGCAUCAUGGGUGUAGCUGGUGGAUACUUACUCCUAACUGGGUAUCCAGAAGACGACAUGCCAAUCAGCUAUUUUUCACUGAAUCUCCAGACUUUCCAGGUUGAGUGGUUCUGUCAGACUGGUGAUAAAAGUCAUUUUUGGUGACCUGUAUGCCGAUCUCCCACCGUCCUUGUCCCCACCAACUCUUUGAACUGUGUGCAUCAUGUCAAAUGAAUUCUUGCCUUUGGCUGGUGAGACUCACAGUCAGCUGAGGGCGCAUUAGAUAGCAUUCUAAAUUUGGGUUUUGCCGGCUGGCAUCAUCACCAAGUUAUCAAUUCUGGUGGCAUGUUAGGUGGAAUAGCUUCAAUUUGUGCAUCGUCCAAGGACGGGAAUGGCGCAAGCCAGUGGCAAUCCAAGCCCGCGACCCCUUUGCCGGAAAAUUAUCGCUAUUGCAUCAGGGGUGUAGCUGGUGGAUACUUGCUCCUAACUGGGCGCCCAGAAAACAACAGGGCAAUAGUAGACUAUUUUUCACUGGAUCUCCAGACUUUGCAGGUUGAGUGGUUCUGUCAGACUGGUGAUUAUGUCAUUGUUGGCGACUUGUAUGCCGAUCUCCCACCGUCCUUGUCCCCGCCGACACUUUGAAGUGGGCCUCUCCAGAGAAAUAUACCAAUAGCAAGGAUUCACAAGCGUGACUGAUGUCAUGUUAAGGAGAACAAAUGCAAGAGCUUUUGAAAGGGAAAAAGCGGUUUGCAUUCGACAACAAUUUGCAGCCCGAGAGAAUACGAUGCGUCGUUGAGCUACUGAAGAACAAGAAGCAUACACUGGAUGUCCGUCGCAUCCACCUUGUUUUUCCUGUUGAAGAUUUCAUAUCGUUUCUGCUACUCGUGCAGUGCUUUUAUGCCUUGCAAGAGACUAGCUUAUUAUGUAUCCACCGCCUGAUUGGCUCACUUACUUGUAGUGCCCAGCUUCAGUAGUGUCUUUGUUUGAACUGAGUUUGUUUGCGGCUUUAGUAACCCAAAAUCUGUGUUGAAUGUAUGGUGGCAUGCUCAUCUCAUGCAAAAGUUCAUUUGUAAGAUGCCAGCACCGAUAGCAAUGCGUCAAUCCAUAUCGAGCGAAUCAUUA